AAAAUAUGCAUAUUUAUUCUAGUAUUAUACAUGGAAUCAUUGUCCCCAUUUUCCAAAUAUCAGUAUUAAUGCAACAAAUGAAGAUAAAUCAGUCAAAGAUGCCUGUCUCCGUUUAUGACAUGAAUCGAUAUUUUCAAUCAGAAAAUGAUGAUGUAUGAUGCGAGCGGUAACGCGUCUCCGUUCCAUUUUUCCUCUGCAUCAGCAGGACGUUAGCACGGCUGUCCUGGAAGCCGCGUCAUCGCGUUAUCGCGAAGGAUAUACGACUGAUGAAAGAUUCUCCCCUAUUUGCGGAACUUUGCAAGACACGAUGUUUUAUUGGCGUUAUCGUAAAUCAGGCUGACACCUCACGUUGAAUAUCGGCCAAACAUAUAGCAUCGUAUCGCACGUCAUCGUUGUUAGUGCGUAUGCAGAUUUCGUCAGUGCGUUACUGCGUACCCUAAUGCAGAAGCCAGAUCGUUCUACUGGACAAAUCGGAAGAAAGUGAUCGAGAUAUUGCAUCAACGGGGAUCCUUUGGGACAACGAAGUCAUAAUGACCGUCAAUGGCACAGAGUUGUUUUUCGCGAGUCACGAGCUGAAGGAACUCACCUUUGGAUGGACCGAUUACACUCUGUUUGGUGGCCUGCUGGGCGUCAGCGUUCUCAUCGGCAUCUACUUCGGCUUCUUCAGCACGAAGCAGGACAACACCACCGAGUAUCUCCUCGGCGGCAAGACCAUGUCCUUCUUCCCGAUUAGCAUGAGCCUAAUAGCGAGCCACAUAUCGGGGGUGUCCCUGCUCGGCGUGCCCUCCGAGGUGUACCAGUACGGGACCCAGUACGCGGCGUGCAUUUUCACGUCCUUCAUCAGCUGCCUCAUAAUUGUAUGCGUGUACCUGCCUGUGUUUUACAAGUUGCAGCUGACGAGUACUUUCGAAUAUCUCGAGAUCAGAUUCGCCAGACCGGUCCGGCAAUUGGCGUCCUUUCUCUACGCCCUUUCGUUGAUCGUUUACGUGCCACUGAUAAUCUACGUACCGGCGUUGGCCUUCUCACAAGCGACUGGGAUGAAUCUGCAUUACGUCGCGCCGGUGAUAUGCAUGGUGUGCAUCUUUUACACGACCAUCGGAGGCCUGAAGGCUGUCGUAUGGGCGGAUACGGUUCAGAUGACGGUGACUGUCGGAAGUCUCAUUGCCGUCCUGAUUUUGGGGACCAUCGCCGUGGGCGGCGUCGGCGAGACCUGGAGAAUAGCCGAAGAAGGUGGUAGAAUUGUGUUCUGGAACAUGGACCCCAGCCCCUUCACCAGAAAUUCGUUUUGGGGCAUGACAGUGGGAAUGGUAAUGACUUGGCUAGCGUCAUUGGGCAUUAGCCAGGUGUCCAUGCAAAGAUUUCUGGCAGUACCUAACAUAAAGGAAGCGCAAAAGUCGAUAUGGCUCCUGGCAGUGGGCCUAGUGGUCGUAAAAUUGAUUUCCGUCUUCACCGGCCUCACGAUGUAUGCCAGGUAUCAUAAAUGCGAUCCAAUAACUGCGCACGUGGUGGCAAGGAGCGACAAGAUAUUGCCAUAUUACGUGUUGGACGUUGCCGCGGACGUCCCGGGACUUCCUGGCCUCUUUCUCGCCGGCCUGGUGAGCGCCGGGCUCUCGACGAUGAGUGCCGGCCUGAACACAGUCACUGGCACGGUUUACGAGGAUUUCAUCGAUCCCUGGAUGCCAGAGAGCAACGACAAAGAGACUAAAGCCGCCAACAUUAUGAAGGUUACGGUGGUGAUCCUAGGUAUCCUGUGCGUGGGCAUGGUGUUCCUCGUGGACCGUCUCGGCGACAUCUUCCAGCUGUCCCUGACGGUGACUGGCAUCACCGCUGGUGCCAUGCUCGGUCUGUUCUCGUUGGGGAUGUUGGUGCCCUGGGCGACGACCAAGGGAGCGGUGGUCGGCGGGUUGGUCUCGAUGGUGACGAUGAUCUGGAUCAUCGUGGGCGCCCAAUGGCACAUGGCCAAUCGUCGUCUCUAUUACGAGCCACUCCCGUCCACGACGGAGGGUUGCCUGAACUUGCCCGGUUCGUUUAAUCAAACGACCGUGACGACGACCACGCAGAAUCCGACGCCGGUCGAGUCCGUGGACGAGCCCUUCUUCAUGUACAGGAUAUCCUUCAUGUACUACACGCUAGUGGGGGCCCUGAUCGUCAUGGUGAUCGGCACGAUAGUCAGCUUCAUCUGCGGUGCUCCAGACUUGAGUGACAUCGAUAGGGAUCACUUCCCGCCGUUUGUCACCAGAUUCAUGCCACCCAAAAAGUAUAUAGAAGUGUCAUUGCACACGGUGCCGACUGCGCUGGUGACGAAUCCGGAGAAAGAGGAGAUAAAAUCCUAGAAUCUUAUUCCAAACAUCUUUCUUCUGUAAUGCCACAAGAUGUUAGUAAAGAAGUGUAACGCGCGUUAAGCAUGAGCGUUUAGGUAAUCGUUCGAUUGCGAGCUGCAUGAUCUCUGUAAUAAUAUUAUUAGGUACUCUGUAACCGAGCACAUUAAAUCGAUAUUUUGUCACUAAUCCACUUUCUGCCGAAACUGAGGCGAAGACUGUCUUCAAGCUGAUUAAACAUUUUUAAUUGUAUCAAUAUAUAAUAUAUUCAUACACUAAGAUGAUACCCAAACGAAGAGAAUUCUAUAUAAUAAACCACCUAAGAG